UCCGGUGGUGGUAGAAGCGGUAGAAGGUUACAUUUUUCUGUAGGGGAGAAUUGCCAUGGCGGCGGUGGGUUCGGAUGUCGAAACGUUACCGCGUGGGGGUUUCCGCUGCUGUCUGUGCCACGUUACUACAGCCAACCGCCCCAGCCUAGAUGCCCAUUUGGGAGGCCGGAAGCACCGACACCUGGUAGAACUGCGAGCUGCCAGAAAGGCCCAAGGACUUCGAAGUGUGUUUGUUAGCGGUUUUCCCAGGGAUGUGGAUUCUGCUCAGCUCUCUGAGUACUUCCAGGCAUUUGGACCUGUGGCCAGUGUCGUCAUGGACAAGGACAAGGGAGUGUUUGCCAUCGUGGAAAUGGGGGAUGUAAGUGCCCGGGAGGCUGUAUUGUCACAGUCCCAGCACAGCCUGGAUGGACGUCGUCUGCGCGUCAGGCCACGGGAACAGAAGGAGUUCCAGAGCCCAGCUUCCAAAUCUCCCAAAGGAGUGGCCCCCGACAGUGACCAGCUGGCCAGAGCACUGGCUGAGGCCCCAGACGUAGGGGCACAAAUGGUAAAGCUCGUAGGGCUGAGAGAGUUAUCUGAGGCUGAGCGGCAGCUUCGGAGCCUCGUGGUAGCCCUGAUGCAGGAGGUCUUCACAGAGUUCUUUCCUGGCUGUGUGGUCCAUCCUUUUGGCUCUUCCGUAAACAGCUUUGAUGUCCAUGGCUGUGACCUUGACCUCUUCUUGGAUCUGGGUGACUUAGAAGAGCCCCAGGCAGCCCACAAAGCUCCAGAGUCACCAUCCUUGGACUCAGCUCUUGCUUCUCCACUGGAUCCUCAAGCCCUGGCCUGUACCCCAGUGUCUCCUCCAGAUUCCCAGCCUCCAGCUUCUCCCCAAGAUUCUGAAGCCCUGGAUUUUGAAACCCCUUCCUCCUCCCUGGCGCCUCAGACUCCAGACUCUGCUUUGGCCUCUGAGACCCUUGCCUCUCCCCAGUCCCUACCUCCAGCCUCACCACUACAGGAAGACAGAGGAGGGGGAGACCUGGGGAAGGCCCUGGAACUAGCAGAGGCCCUGAAGGGGGAAAAACCAGAGGGGGUAGCAAUGCUGGAUCUGGUGGGAUCCAUUCUCCGAGGUUGUGUUCCUGGGGUGUACAGAGUCCAAACUGUGCCCUCUGCCCGGCGCCCUGUGGUCAAAUUCUGCCAUCGGCCUUCAGGUCUCCAUGGUGACGUCUCCCUCAGUAACCGGCUGGCCCUGCAUAACUCCCGUUUCCUGAGUCUCUGCUCCGAGCUGGAUGAGCGAGUCCGGCCCCUUGUGUACACCAUCCGUUGCUGGGCUCAGGGUCGAGGGCUGUCAGGGAGCGGCCCCCAUCUCAAUAACUAUGCCCUGACCUUGCUCGUGAUCUACUUCCUUCAGACCAGGGACCCUCCUGUGUUGCCCACUGUGUCCCAGCUCACCCAGAAAGCAGGUGAGGGAGAACAGGUAGAAGUUGAUGGCUGGGACUGUAGUUUCCCCAAGGAUGCCUCAAGACUGGAGCCCAGCACCAAUGUGGAGCCCCUCAGUUCCCUGCUAGCCCAGUUCUUCUCCUGCGUCUCUUCCUGGGAUCUUCAUGGCUCACUGCUAUCCCUGAGGGAGGGUCAGGCUCUGCCUGUGGCAGGGGGCCUGCCCUCUCAUCUCUGGGAGGGUCUGCGCCUUGGCCCUAUGAAUCUCCAGGACCCCUUUGACCUAAGUCACAAUGUUGCAGCCAAUGUGACCAGCCGGGUGGCUGGACGGCUGCAGAACUGCUGCCGAGCAGCAGCCAAUUAUUGCCGAAGCCUCCAGUACCAGCAGCGUUCCUCUCGGGGCCGAGACUGGGGGCUGCUCCCCCUUCUGCAGCCCAGCUCCCCAAGCUCCCUACUGUCUGCUACUCCCAUUCCCUUACCCCCUGCUCCCUUCACCCAACUCACUGCUGCCCUGUUGCAGGUGUUAAGGGAAGCACUGGGGUGCCAUAUAGAACAGGGAACCAAGAGACUGCGGUCAGAAGGAGGUAGAACUGGGGAGUCUUCCCAGGGAGGGACAAGCAAAAGAUUGAAACUAGAUGGACAGAAAACCAGCGAGGAGGGAAGAGAGGAGAUGCAAGAAUGUGCAGGGGACCACAGCAGAGAAGGGGUGGAAGACAUGGUUGUAGAGUUAGGGGAGACAGUACAAGACUGGGCCAUGAGGAGCCCUGGGCAGCCAGGGGAGCCUCUGCUGAUGCCCAGAGAGCAUCCAGUCCCUAGUGAAGAGGGGCAGCCAGGCCUUGCAACACUGGCAGAGCAGGGGCCUGAAGGACCUGAGGCAGCCCGAGAAGGGUCUCAGGGUGAGACGGGGAAGGGGACAUCACUCUCCUCAGCGAGUUGGCGCUGUGCCUUGUGGCACCGAGUGUGGCAGGGGCGGCGGAGAGCCCGGAGACGCUUGCAGCAGCAAACCAAGGAAGGAGGCGGAGGAGGUGCUGGUGCAGGAGCAGAAUGGCUGGCCACUGAGGCUCUGGUGACGCAGGAGCUGAGCGGACUCAGUGGUGCUGUACAGAGGCCAGAAACGGAGCCCCUCCUGACCUUUGUGGCAUCUGCCUCCAAGGCUGACCAGACUCUCACUGUGACCCCACUCCGGGAUUCCCAAGGCUUGUUCCCUGAUCUCCAUCAUUUUUUACAGGUUUUUCUCCCUCAAGCACUUAGAAAUCUCCUCAAGUGAAGACGUGAACACUAAAGGACAAUAAAGCUACUAGUUUAAUACAAGUG